AUGCAAGACCUCAUCGAAAGCCGAACGAUUUAUAUCCGAGACGAGCAAGCUUGCUCAGAAGUUGUCCAUAUUCGAGAUAACUCGCAGGAAAAGAUUGCCGAAGCACAUGCUCAUUAUGCGGAAAUCGUGGAGCGUAUUGACCGUCUGGUAGAGAAGUAUGCUGCCGUCUCAAUCGAUUCCUUGUUAGCGAGGGAUGAUUCAGAACGAGAAGAAUUCCUUGCGCAGGUAUCCUCUAUCCCAAAUGAAUUUGGUGUUAAGCUCGACGAUGAUAUAAUGCAUUGGCUUUUUCGAUGGCAAUUCCUGCCAAAAGUAGAUGCAAUGCGCGAUCUCCUGGACUCAUUGAACGAGAUUGCGGAGAAGAAUUCCCAACCCGCAUUUCAGAAAAAUCGUUUAGUCUGGGCACUGCACCUCGUUCAGAGUCAUGAUAAGGAUGGACUCGGAUAUCUUUCGCGAGAGGUUAAAAGAGAGAUCCUACCGAGUCUUGCCGAAACGAUGGAAAUUGGGACAUGUAUGGAGGACAUAUAUACCCAAACAAGAUCUAACCCAGAUGACUCGUGGAUGAGGCGAAUGGUCAGGGGAGUCAUCAGGUUGUAA